AAAACUAUUAUAUACUUUCAAACCCUUCCCCCGUAAAGAAUCUCAAUCCUCAAACAAAAGGUAAAAGAUCACCUUAGUCUUAAGGGAAGGGAAGAAGGAAAGGAGGAAGAUAAAGAAAAGAGCUUUCAGCAUUUGGAUAAGCUCCCUGUCUGCCUUCUCUUUCUUUCUUCCUAGAUUAACCCUUUUUGAGAGUUGAUUUUUUUUUCCUUUUCAUUAUCUCUUUGUCUUAGAAUAAUUAAGGAGCAAGGUAGGAAUGUGAGUAACUGAGGGAGUCUGCAAGAGGGAAAACAGGGGAAACAGAGAGAGUACGGAUAAGGUUAUUCUUCUUUCUCUGCUUUCUCUUGCUCCCAUUAUGGCCGCAGUUUUCUUUUCCUUCUCUUCUGAUUAGAUUAACCAACAGAAAAGAGAGAGAAAAACAAAAAAAACAAAAAAAACAAAAAAAAAGGUUCUUUUUUUGUUGUUUAAAUUAUUCUUUGUCGACAGCAUGAUAUUUUUUGGAUACUUAUGAUAUAAAUCACUUCACAUUUUCCAAGGAUUUGCAACCUCCUAAGUUUGUUUUGUGCUUUCGAAUAACAAGCAAAGCAAGACAUCGUGUUCAAAGAAGGGACCUUUUUUUCACAGAAGGGGGAAAGCAAAGGGAACCCACCCCUUCCAACAAGAUUAAAACCCAGCCCCCUUCCAUUAUUGUUGUUCCCUUUCCAGGAUGCGUCCUUUAACCUGCAUUCUCUUAAUAUGCAUCCUGGGUUCUGUCUCUUCCAUUGCCAGAGCUGCCUUCAAUCUUAGCCUCCCUCACCAGCACCCUGACCCUGAAUCCGUUGUUCAAGAUGUUCAAAGGAGGUUAAACGUGUCCUUAUCAAGAAGACAAGCCCUGUCUGUAACCGAAAAAGACCAAUGUCGCACCGGAAACCCCAUUGACGACUGCUGGCGGUGCGACCCAAACUGGUACAACAACCGCCAACGCUUAGCCGACUGCUCCAUAGGUUUUGGACAAGGCACUCUAGGUGGUAAAGGCGGCCGGAUCUACACCGUCACCGAUUCCUCCGACGGCAACCCUGCUAACCCCAAGCCGGGCACUCUCCGUCACGCUGUCAUCCAAAACGAACCCCUAUGGAUCAUCUUCUCAACGAACAUGGUCAUCAAGCUCAAACACGAGCUGAUUUUCAACUCAUACAAAACCGUCGAUGGCCGGGGAGCCAACGUUCAUAUCACCGGAAAUGGGUGUAUAACUCUGCAGUAUGUGUCUCAUGUCAUCAUCCAUAACAUCCAUGUGCACCAUUGUAAGCCUUCGGGGAACACUGACAUUGCUUCAUCUCCAACUCACGUUGGAUGGAGAGGGAGGUCGGACGGUGAUGGGAUUUCCAUAUUUGGUUCUCAGAAGCUCUGGAUUGAUCACUGCUCCCUUAGUUACUGCACUGAUGGCCUGAUCGAUGCUAUCAUGGGGUCCACCGGGAUUACCAUUAGUAAUAGCUACUUUUCUCACCAUGAUGAAGUUAUGCUUCUGGGCCAUGAUGACAGGUAUUUGCCUGAUUCCGGAAUGCAGGUGACCAUAGCCUUUAAUCACUUCGGAGAAGCGUUGGUGCAAAGAAUGCCAAGGUGCCGGCGGGGGUAUAUACACGUGGUGAACAAUGAUUUUACUGCAUGGGAAAUGUAUGCUAUCGGUGGUAGUGCAAACCCUACCAUCAAUAGUCAGGGGAAUCGAUAUACUGCACCAGGGGACCCCAAUGCUAAAGAGGUGACGAAGCGAGUGGAGACAAACGAGAAAGACUGGACAGACUGGAACUGGAGGACAGAGGGGGACUUAAUGGUAAAUGGAGCAUACUUUGUGCCCUCUGGAGCUGGCUUAAGCGCCCAGUAUGCAAAAGCUUCCAGCGUGGAGCCCAAGUCUGCUGCUCUCAUUCAACAGCUCACAUUCAACGCUGGCGUCUUCGGUGAGGCUAGGGAAGAGACAGGGAGCUUUUCUUAUCCAGGAUACAGCGGCAGUGGGUCCAACGGCACCGGCACCACCAACACCGGUAAUGCAGGGUCCGGAGAUGAUGGCGACUACUUUGGAAUGAUAUUCGGGAGCGGCGCACCACCGCCCCCACCAACCGCAUCCAUAGCCUCAAUCUUUUUGUCUCUUCUAAUUAUUUUGGUUUUGUAUCCUAUCACCAGCCAAUGGUGCUCUAUCUCCAUCAAUUAUUAUUAUUAUUGUUGUUUAUAG